AUGUCAUUCUUACCAGGGUUAACUGAGGCCGCUCAAGUUCCAGAUAUAUAUAUCGAUGUUAAUGAGGCACAUACACAAGUGCUUCCAAUUGGUACCCUUUGGAAAAUUAGAGUACCAUCAGAAGCCAAAAUGAGCAUCAAAGUACUCACAGGUAUUGCUGAGAUUUUUGGAACUGAAUUGGCCAACAACAUUGAAUAUAAUUUUCAGAAUUGGAAUUUUACCGUGCAUGCUGUAGAAGAGGUUUGUUUGGAGUGGAAAGGUACUGACUCUCAUCCAGCAAUUGAAGGAGAAGAUCUUAUCCCCAAUGAGUCAGCACAGAACAUAUACAAUUUACAUUUUUCAUUAGAAAAGAUGAGGAAUUCAACCUUUGACGGACCAAAAGUGAUGAUUAUAGGUAAUAAGAGAGUAGGGAAGACUGCUCUGUGCAGAACGUUAUGUUCAUAUACUAUUAAAUUCAAAUCAUAUCAGCCCAUGUUUAUCAAUUUAAAUCCUCAGGAGAGUAUUUUCAGCCCUCCGGGUUGUCUUUCUGCCACCCCAAUAUCUGAUAUCCUGGAUGUUCAAUUACCAAUUUGGGGAGAAAGUAUGACAAGUGGUGCGACUUCAUUGCAUAGCAAACAACCUUUAUUAAAGCUAUUUGGAUUAGAAAUAAUUGCAGAGAAUAGAGAUCUGUAUAUGUCUACAGUCGAAGCAUUAUCUGAAGAUGUGAGUGAACGGUUACAUAAAGAUGCAUUGAUACAAAGAUCAGGGUGUAUAAUAAAUACACCACCACUAUCUCAAUUAGAUGAUGAUUUAAAAGAUUUAGUAAAUAUUAUUGAAAAAUUCAAAGUCAAUUUGAUUAUCAUGGUUGGAGAUGAAAACAAUGAUGAAGAUAUGGCACAAUUCGAAAAGGUAUCUCAGACCAUUAAACCAUUUGUAGGUGAUUUCCUAUUAAGACUACCUAGGUUGACUGGAGUAAUAGAAUCUGACGACACGUAUGAGAGAUCACUACAACGUAAUGCUAUAAGAGAAUACUUUUAUGGUAAUCAAAAUACAGCAUUGAGUCCGUUUUCUGUAUCAAUAGAUUAUGAAGACUUAAUAAUAUGGGAGCCAAUCAAUUUAUUGGAUCCAAGUAGUGCUGGUGCGGAUAACAAUUCAAUUGAUAAAUUAGAAUUGAAACAGGUUACAAUUACACCAAGUUCGAUUCAGCAUGCGUUAAUAUGUCUUACUUAUUCAGAUAAACAUGCUAAACCCAAUGAUGUACGCAGGUCAUCGAUACUAGGAUUUGCACUAGUGACAGAGGUGAAUGAAAAGAGAAAAAAAGUACGUAUUCUAAUCCCUGUUCCAGGUAACUUCCCAAAUUGUUCUACAUUGUUGACCAGUUAUAGAUACUUAGAAUAG